GGAAAAAGUAAUCGUCUCUCGUAAUAUCUUCCUCAACCGUUCAGGACGACUGACGCGGCGACAAGUUUUCUUCAACAGCUACCAGCGUCCGCGUACUCCUGCGAGCCCGCGAGCCACCACCGGCUAUUGCGAGCUGACCGGACUCUGCCGCAGCACCUGCACGCUGGAAGAAAACUCUGAUUAUUGUCUUUCCGACUCACUAUCCAGCUAGGAUACGAAUACAAAGUAGAACCAGUGGUCAGGGCCGGCCCAGGACAGGUGCACCCAGCUCAUUCGACCAGAAUUUUGGAAGGCCCAAUUAGUAUUACUCGGCCCGACGAAUACAAAGUAGAACCAGUGGUCAGGGCCGGCCCAGACAAGUGCGGAAGACCGAAGGAAAUACAGAACGAACGAAGAGAAAGCUGAAGCCUGAAAGCGCCGACGAGUUGACGAACGCCGCUAUCCACGGCCAGGAUCCAGCUUUCCACCACGAAGCGACGCCCCGCCUCCAGUCUCCAGGACUACGACCGCACCGUCAGCACGACGCCCUGCCCUACCAGUCCGGCAGUCCACUGUCCACGCUACCUGCAGUAACCGGACAUUUAAAGAUGAUGAAAAAAUCAGGUUAUGGAUUACAGCUUAGAGUUCCACCUUCACAGAAGAAGAAACAACCUACAAGACCUCCGCUCCCCACUGCACUUGGUUUUGGUGACGGGAAUGAUGAUGACGUUGAGAAAGAGAUUUCUCGCCAAGCUUCCAAGAACAAGGCUCUGAAAGAUAUUGAGGAGCAGCAUAAGAAAGCUCUAGAAGAGGAUCCAUCAGUAUUUGAUUAUGAUGGAGUAUAUGACAGCAUGAAAAAGAAGGCUGUUCAACCUCACGCACAAGACCUUGAGGAGAGGAAGCCAAAAUAUAUCCGCCAACUGAUGGAGAAAGCCAAGCAAAGGGAACGUGAACAUGAGAUAGUGUAUGAGAGGAAACUUGCCAAAGAGAGAAGCAAAGAUGACCAUCUGUAUGCUGACAAGGAGAAAUUUCUCACAAGUGCAUACAAGAAGAAACUUCAAGAACAGGAAAAGUGGCUGCAUGAAGAGCGUCUUCGCGAGCUACGUGAAGCAAAGGAUGUUGUAACAAAGAAGGCGGACAUAAGUGACUUUUACUUCAACCUUGCAAGGAAUGUUGCUUUUGGGGGAGAAGGAGGGUCAAAGACAGACAAGACUAAGAAGCCGCAUGAAGAGGUGGCAGUUCAACCGAAUAAAGAGACUUUUAUCCAACCCUCAAGCUCAGAGUCUCCCAAUAUGUCUGGAACGGUGAAGACAGGACAGGUGGAGGAAUCUCUACAGGCAGAGACAAGGCCUACUUCUAUCGCAAUAUUGUCCGAAGAAAAAGCCAUAACCGGACCAGCAGUUGAAGAUACACCUCCUGCUGUAGAUGAAACUGCUGAUCAACCAAAACUUGCUGCUCAUCAUAAAAGAAGUGGUGAUGCUCUUGCUGCAGCUAAGGAACGGUUUUUGGCACGAAAGAAGGCAAAGGAAGAAAAGUAUACAUAAGUGCAAAAAUGUUUUGUGUCCAAUGUUUUUUGCAAAAAUGUAUUUCAAUAUUUGGUAAUUGGAAAGUGCUGUUGGGUGCUUAUCUGGAAUCAUUCACAAUAAAUCUUAUAUUUAUUGAUGAUGUAACUUGUAAAAUUAUAUUGCUUGAUUAUCGAUUUUAGAAACACUAUAACUGAACUAAGUUACUCAAA